CCGAAAUUGUCUCGGGCAUGGUCUCUCACAGCUUCAGAUACAGAUUCUCAACUCAUUCUCAUCAACCCAAUCUAUCUCCAUCACACACCUCAGAGUUUUUACUCUCUUCAAUUCAUUAUUCUGUAUUAUCAUUUGUGGAUGACCUUAUUAUUCUGAUUGCACACUGGGGAGACCACUGCGUAGCCGUUAUCAACCAAACACACAGCACUCUCGGAACCAUCCAUCACAGCAUCAGCAUCACAACACAACUUUGUAACACCUCCCACCCAGGACGGGAAAUCCACCCUCCACUUCCUCAAAAUGGAAGCUCUACUCUCCCUCUCCUUCGACAACCUCUCCUCCUACGACGCCUCCAAAAUCCGUAAAGGCAUGCGCCAAGUUGAAGGCCUACUCGCCCAAAUCUGCCUCUCAAAACACAACCCAAGCAAACGUCACUCGCCCCUCGUACCCGCCGACAACCCUCCUCCAUCGCCGCGAAAAGAGCUUGCCGAUCUGCCUGAUGAUCCUGCUUUCCGCGAGUUCUUCAAGCUACAAGAUGGCUUCGAGUGGAAUGUCGCCUUGCGCCUCGUCAACUGCCUGGAUCGCCUACUAGGGAAGAGCAAUGAUGGCCAGAAUGAUCUGCUUAUUCUCGCCUGUCUCGACUUAAUACAAGGGAUAUUAUUACUGCAUCCUUCGUCAAGAUCGCUGUUCUCCAGAGAGCUAUACAUGAACCAUCUUCUCGACCUCCUCGAACCCAUAAACUGCCCAGCGAUUCAAUCCGCAACACUCCUCACCCUCGUCGUAGUCCUCCUCGAUACCCCGGCCAACACACGUACCUUCGAAGCGCUCGACGGCCUCCUCACUGUCACCUCGCUCUUCAAGUCUCGCUCCACCCCGCGCGAUGUCAAAGCCAAGCUCGUCGAGUUCCUAUACUUCUACCUCCUCCCCGAGUCACCCAGCAUCCCCUCCGCCGGCGCCCGCGACUCUGUGCCCGCCAUGCUGCAGCGAAGCCCGAGUAAACUCGCCGGCGCCUUCGGCCGCGAGAUGAAAGGGAGGGGGGAGCCAGCGGCGGAAGUUACAAGGAGUCCGAUUGAGAAGCAGGCGCUUGUGAGCAGGCACCUAAGCAGUGUGGAGGAUCUGGUCGAGGAUCUGCGUGAUAGCGCGCCAUUCGGGGGGAUAUUUUCUUGA